AUGUCGUCACCACACACCGUCAGGUGGGGUAUCAUGGCCACCGGCUGGAUCGCGGAGAGUAAGAAGAACUCGAACCCGAUGUUCUGCAAGGACCUCCUCACCGACCCGGCCUGCCGCGGCGUCAGCGACGUCCGCCACGAGAUCGUCGCCGCCGCCUCGUCCACCUCCAAGGACCGCGCCCAGGACUUCCUGGCCGAGACCAUCAAGGCGCCCGGCAGCCCGCGCGCCUACGGCUCCUACGCCGAGCUGGUGGCCGACCGGGACGUCGACAUCGUCUACGUCGCCACGCCGCACAGCCACCACUUCCAGAACGCCAUGCUCGCCCUCGAGGCCGGCAAGAACGUGCUCUGCGAGAAGGCCUUCACCGUCACCGCCGCCCAGGCCCGCCGGCUCGUCGCCGCGGCGCGCGCCCGCCGCCUGUUCCUCAUGGAGGCCGUCUGGACGCGCUACUUCCCGCUCAGCGUCAAGGUCCGCGAGCUCGUGCGGCAGGGCGCCGUCGGCCCCGUCUACCGCGUGCUGGCCGACAACUCGUUCGCCAACGGCGCCGGCGACGGCGAGCGCGUCACCUUUGCCGACGCGCACCGCAUGGUCAACCCGGACCUCGCCGGCGGCGCCCUGCUCGACCUCGGCAUCUACUCGCUGACCUGGCUCAUGCAGAUCCUCUACCACCUGCAGCCCGAGGCCGACAGGGAGAAGCCCGUCGUCGCCGCCGCCGUCAACAAGUACCCGGCCACGGGCGUCGACGAGUCGACGGCCCUGGUCCUGACCUUUCCCAGGCACAAGAGCAUGGGCCUCGGCACGACCUCGCUGCGCGUGGCCACGGACCCGGACGGGCCCUUCAGCGGCGGGCCCGCCAUCCGCAUCCAGGGCGCCAAGGGCGAGAUCCAGGUCCAGGGCCCGGCCUUCCGCCCGCUGCAGUACCGCGUCGUGCUCCAGGGCGGCGGCGGCAAGACCGAGGUCGUCGACUGCCCCAUCCCGCGCGACGACAGGGCCGGCUGGGGCCACGGCAUGUUCUGGGAGGCCGACGAGGCGGCGCGGUGCCUGCGCGACGGCCGCCUCGAGAGCGCGACCCUGCCGCUCGACGAGUCGGUCGUCAUCAUGGAGGUCAUGGAGGAGGCGCUGCGGCAGGGCGGCGUCGAGUACCCGGAGCUCAUCACGACCGACGUCUUUGACCCCCAGAGCCCGCUCAACACGGGCAAGUCGUCGUAA